AUGCUCCCAUUAGGCAUAGAGAAGAUUCUGGGUUUGGACUUUAAAUCCUCAGCAAUAUUCUACCCUAUGUACUCCGUAAGGUUUGACGUGGAGACAACAGACGGCGCAACGUUACAUGCCAGCCUUGUUCCAGGCAAGUUUCCUAGGCAUUUUAAUGAUAACAUACCGAUCGGUCCAAAAGAUGCAGGAAAUGAAUAUGUCAUGUAUUGGCCAGAGCUGCGCAGCCAGUCCAAAUAG